AUGGCAAGGGCGCUCAAAGCCAGAGGGCUCUCGCAGGACGUGUUCAUCCCCCCGGACGACGCCACUUGGCCGACGUUCAACGCUACAGCUGGCGAUAGCCCGCAUCCGUCACCACCGCAGCAGGACGCACUCAUGAUCCUACUCCCUCUGCUCAUCGUGCUCUCAACCUUCCUCUUCCUACUCCUUGUAUUCCUCAUAUGUGUACUGCUCGUCCGCCGUCGCAGAGGCAUAGCCCUGCGAGACUCCGAUGGUCCCGUGGACAUGAGUCGCGAGGAGCUCAUCGAUGGGGAAGGCGGCUUUGAGGGCGUAGAGUCCCGCUGGCUGGAGACCGUGCCCGAGCACGUACAGCGAGAUUACAGGCGGGCGAAAGAGUACCAGCUGCAGUACCCGCCCAAUUCCUUCCCGACAGAUAUCACUCUCUCGCAGUUUCUAUCUAUUCAGGAGAAGGGCGUGUCGGCCUGGUGCUUUGAGCCCGACUUCGAGACGGUCAACAACCUUCUUGUGCAAGCGCGCACGGAGAUAACAUUCCUUCCCGACCCGGCGUCGGCUUCCUGCGUUCAAAGCAACCUCCCCCUUCCGAAACUCAACGAGGUCUACUACUGGGAAGUUAAGAUGUUCGACCUACCCAUCACUACCAACGUCAGCGUCGGCCUCGCCACCAAGCCAUACCCUCAGUUCAGCUUGCCCGGCAUGAACCGCUACUCUGUCGCAUACCACUCCAACGGUGACAUAUCAUAUAACUACCCCUUCACCGCGUCGUCCUUCGGACCCGGACUCAAGGAAGGCGAUGUGCUUGGCGUUGGCUAUAGACCUCGGUCGGGCACCGUCUUCUUCACACGGAACGGGCGAAAGAUGGACGACGCGUUCAUCGGCCUUAGCAGGUGGAACCUCUUCCCGAGUAUUGGAGCGGAUGGGCCAUGCAGCGUACACGUCAACCUGGGGCAAGCAGGAUUUGUCUUCAUCGAGGCAAACGUGAAGAAGUGGGGAUUGGCUCCAAGCGUUGGCACUCUUGCACCACCUCCGGCGUACGGCAGUGAGCGCGGCAGCAUACUGCUUGAUGUCGGCGGUCGCCCUCGUCCAGAUGGCAGCGUGACGCCAGGUAGCACGCCCGGCGCUUCGUCGCCGACGCCGUCGCGGCGAUCGCACCGCUCUCGCCGUCCAAAGCCGAGCGGUAUACCCAACCCCUCGUCACCUCUGCGACCUUCAGGAUUCGAUGAUACGCCUAUGACACCCCCGCCGCCAAUCACGCCCAUAAUCGAGGAGAUCGAGACAGGUGCGGGUCCUUCGAAUCGGCGAUACAUAUCCCCUACGGAUUUGCCAUUCCACGCACCUCCAAAUGCCAACAUCCCGGCAUCACCACCUGCAGGUGCACGCUCAGAGAUUGAUAUGGAGUCUCCAGCGUCCCCGUCUUCUCCCACUGCCCGUUCGCGCUCCCCGUCCCUCGAAGGUGCGCCGAACCCCUUCAUCACCCCGCGGCGUCAUAAUAAUCAACAUUCUAUCUCGUCUUUCGCCGCAUCCCUAUCCGCCUCUCCCGAACGCCGUACUCGUGUCGACAAUGAACCUGCAGAGAAUGCAGCGGAACUUGUUGUCCAGGUACAUCCUCCUCCGCCGGAGUCGCCGUUGAGCCCUCCGAAUCCGCCAACGCCGAAUAUGCUUGACAUUGGUCUGCAGUCGCUUCCUCAACGGCGGACGAACCGGGAGGGCACUGAGGAUGCGGAUGACAGUGAAGAGAGCGGCGAGGACUCUGGGACCGAGAGAUUCAGUCCUGAGCCUGCUCUCUCACGGAGAACGCCGCCUGGUCAGCCGCCUGCGUACUCUCCGCUGGACGCUGUCCGGUAUGCCGAUGGUGUUCAGAUCGAUUUGCCUGCGGAGGUCAUUUCUGCUGCGCUCGAGGGCAGCUCAUCGCCCCCCGUUGCGCAAGGGCGGUCGAGGCAUUCGGGGCGUAGCCGUCGACGUUAG